GAUCGAUGGUUGAAGCUUAAUCUCUCUCCAGUAUGUUUUGGGGCCCGAGGUGACCAGUUUGGAAAUUUUACCGCUCCAGCUGGUAGGUUGGCAGCCAUAAAGCUGGUUUGGCGGUACGGUUAUGUGUCCUGUGACACCAGGGUGACUUCUUAUCCGUCCUACUGGGGCUGUAGUGACAAUCCAGUGACUGGCCCUCGAGUCAACGUUGUCAUAACAAACUUAAGCAAUCACAUUCUACUACCACCAAAUCAGCUCAUCGACGAUGUAACCAAUCACCAAACGUGGUACACGAUUCCUGGAUAUAACUCCCUCUCACCCGAGCUUGUUCUGUCAGUUUUCUUGAAUCCGAUUAGCUUGUCUUCCAAUCAAGUGUUACGUCUGUGGUACGGUGAAGAUCUGGUGAAUCAGUACGAGGGAGACAACGGGGGAAGAGUUUGCGCUGAUGUUUAUUCUACCUACGAUUGA